UUCGCUCUUUCUUUCCCGUAUCUCCCCUACCCUUUCGCAUAAUCCUUCAUCUUUCCCCUUUCCCGUAUCUCCCUCUCGCUAUAUCUUUCCCUCAUCUACUCUUCCCCUUUCGCAUUAUCUUCAUCUUUCCCCGCAUAAUCCUUCAUCCCAAUUAGUUGCAGCAAAAGAAAAUUUCUUAAUUGUGGAUCCGCAAAUGCUUCAUCUUUCCCCUUUCCCCUUUCCCGUAUCUCCCUCUCGCUCUAUCUUUCCCUCUCGCCCUCUCGCUCUAUCUUCCCCGUCACUCUAUCUUCCCUUUCCAUAAUCCUCAUCUACUCUUCCCGUAGUCCUCAUCUCCUCUAUCUCUCAUUUUCGCCUUGAUCCCCAAAUCUUGAACCCAGUACCGCAGCCACACGAAUCUCGAAGCCGACGUGAAUCAAGUCUCAAAUUCAAGACGGUUCCUGCUUGUCAAAAUCUCCAAGGCUUGACGGUUCCUGCAGACGGUUCCGGCUUGACGUUCUUUGCUGCUCCGUAUAAAUUAGCUUGAGGGAACUAGUACAUCAAACUGUAGAGCCAAUAGGUAACUUACUAUUGGGCUUUGCUUCUCAUUAGACUUGGUCUCCAGUCUCAGCCAGAAUAUUCUCCAGUGAAGACUCAAUUUUCAAUACAACUCCAGUGGAUGCCUUUACCAAACCAAAAAUGAAUAAACGUCUUUGAGAAGUCUCUGCUAUGCACUUUAACCCUUGAUGAGUACCUAGAUUUGUACCUCAUCCGCGUAGAUGGCUUAAGAAGAAGAAUAUCAUGCGCUGUUGAAAGAGAGCAUGGCUUGGAGUAUUCAUUAAUCAGGGAAACCUUUCAGAUGUCGCGGUUGAUCACUCGUCGUAGGAGUGUGACCAAUGCGCCUCCCGCAUUAUCACCAUCUACUGCUCCGGCCGUGAGUGCUCCAUUGAUUGGGGAGCCUACACCUUUCAUUGAGGCUACUGCUACGACAUCCCAGGUGCCAUUAUCAUCGACGUCAUCAGUGUCCGUUCAGUUUUCUCAAUGCACGGCGGCCUCACCGGCGCCGCCGUGAUUCAGAGUCUUCUAUUCACAGUUCCUCGUCAUCCAGAGUCGAGGAUGGGGGCUCCCCUCCAGCUAAAAAAAAACACCAGGGGGCCUAAUCGAAUGCUGAAGGCGGCACAAAUGGUACGUCUGUCCGCCUCCUUGAUCAAGAUUGCAUAUGACUCGCGACAUCGUGGAGCGGCUACCUCACAGCAACAUAGUAUCGUCGUUACUAGCUGUGGUUAUGUUAUUAAAAAUUGUUGUCCUAUGCAAUGGAAAUCUUGGGUAGAAAUUCCCGAGGAGACGAAGAUACUGGUGCGAGACAAGUUGUCGGUCAAUUUUGAUUUUAAGGACAUAUCCCCCGAGGUCAUCACCUACUUAGAUGAGACCUUUGCAAACCGGUACAAAAAUUGGAAGAGCGAUCUUCAUGCGCAUUUUAAGAUAUGGGGUGAUGUGGAGACUGCUCGCCUACAGGGUUGCCCAUCCGAGUUGGCGGACCGGCGAGAGGAUUGGGAGUGGCUUUGCAACCAUUUUACGGACCCAAAAUUUGUGAAGAAAUCUAUUGCUGGCAAGAUUGCUCGGGAGUCAAAGACACUUCUCCACCAUUCCGGUUCGAAACCCUUUUCGUAUAGGCUUGAGGCACGACGUGAGGAGGGUUCUAAGUUCCCAGAGAUCGACGUGUUCAAUGACGUUUACGUUCAACCUGGCGAUGAGACCAGUGAGCAGCUUUAUGCUUCUAUGGUGGAAAAGCGUGAUGUUGUUCUCCAAGAAGCAACAUCGCAACUUCCCCCGGAUACCCCGAUUGAGGACGUCACUGUAUCCGAUGAUGCAGGUUUUGAGAUCAUGACUGAGGUCCUGAAUCAGAAGUUCGGUCGUCGUCAUGGCAAAGUUGUUCGGGGCAUGGGGAAGGCGCGUGUUCGUGAAACGGGUGCCUCCUCUUCCAGAUCGACCACAGGAGAGGUCAAUGCUCUGAAGGAGGAAGUGACAACCUUAAAAGGUCAGCUUGUAGCCCAGAAUGAGCAGAUGAAGGUUCAGAACGAGCAGUUGAGGGCCGAGAACAAGCAGAUGAAGGCUCAGGUUAGGACCCAUGACGACAAGAUGAAUAUGAUUCUACAGGCCUUAGCGAUAUCCGGUCUUCAAAUCCAGAUGCCAUCACCUGAUCUUGUUCCACCUUCGACUUCCCAGCCAUUUCAUCCAACUGAUACCUAGUAGUUUGAUGUAUCAAACCUAGAAGACUACUUAUUGUAGUUUUUUCUUUUUUUGUUCGGACAUGUUGUAUGUAUAUUUUUAUGUAGUUUAUAAUUAAAUACUUUUUAUUGGUUUAUUA